AUGAGUGAAGCACAGGAAAAAACUACCGGUAAUUUAUUUGUGCCGAAAGCAAGAUCCCAAAAAGUCACUGCAGAACCGAGAGAACAUGUUUCGAAUGUAAUUGAGAUUGUUCAUACACUCGUUCUGAAUGUUCGGAUGAAACAUUCGUAUUGUGAGUUGGACAAGUUCGUCGAUGAAAUGAUGGCACCAAACGAACAUCUUCCGAAGAAGUCUUCCGGAAGCCAUCUUUCAGUGCUGGAACAAUAUGCAAUCGAGUCGACGCAUAAAGCGAUUGAUAUGAGUAAUCAAGAAGAACGACUCGUUUAUCGACCGAAUCUCUGCGUACAAAAGACUGAUGCAUUCGGAGUAUGGACCUUCAAUUAUCUAAUCGAUUUACUGGAACUUGAUUAUCAAUGUGCAGAUGAAGACAAAAACAAGAACUUUCCCAAAAUUUGGAAAACAACAUCGGGAGCAACAGUUCAAGUGGUCAAAGACAGGAACCCUACUUCACAAAGAACAUCAUUGACGACUGCUACUACUACGACUGAAACAGCGGAAUCUGUUUCUCAAUCGGACGAUGAUGUCACUAUUUUAUGUCUUCUCAAACGUAUUUCUCUUCAAAACAAAUGCAAUGAAAACGACGCCAUUACUUGGAAGGAUGCUUUAGAAGUGGAAAACAUCACAACGGUUCAGCAUCUUCGUACUGUUGCUGGCGACAAAGAUUGCUGGGACAAAUUAUCAUCGGUGAAAUACUUUGUUAAACAAAUGAUACGUGAUUAUAUUCAAUUGCAUACUCCGUCUGUUGCAUCGAAUAGAGUCAAGGAUCCCUACAAAGAUUCAGCAGCCACUCUAUACGGGGAUAUCCAUCGUGUUCGUCGCUAUUUCCACGAUGUCACUAAGACACUCGAAUAUAUACCUUAUCUUGAUCUAGAAGCUGUUGAUUUAUCGAUUAAAGAAAUGCGUCGAACGUACGAAGAUGAUGGAAAGGUUCUUAAUACUAUUCAUGCUUAUAUGCGAACCUUUUGUUUGAAACCUGUUGUCAUUACUUCGGUUGAGCACGAUGAGAAACGUAAGAAGUGGAUGAAUGAACGUGCACGACUGCUGGAAGAUAUUAAACCGAUGCAUGAAGAACAUGCGAAACAACAUUGUGCACGUUUAAUCCAACAGCAAGAAGUUGAAUUAGCUGAACUGGGUUAUAACAAUAAGGUUGCAGAAAUAGCAAAUAUUCGAAGAGAACAAGAUGAAAUUCGCCGAAGAGUAGAUGAGAUGAGCAACUUCUCUCGAGAUCAUGCGAUACAAAAGCUUCAAAGUGAUUAUGACCGCGGAAUAACAUUGGCCAAAAAAGAGCUCGAUAAAAAACGAGAAAUUCUUGCCAAAGAAGACAGAGUAUAUGCGGAGAUAUCAAGCAAUCUUACUGAUCUUGAUAUGCAGAUUCGAGAUCUUGAUGCUUUUCUUAAACUUAAUCUCGUCGACGAACACCAAAAGUUAAAAGUCAAAUAUGGACGAGGACUGCUACUUUAUGGCCCACCAGGCACAGGUAAAUCUGAACUGUUAAAACGUGCGGCUGUUUUUGCUGGUAUUACAACAAUAACAAUUCCAUUGGCUGCGGGCGAACUAAAUCGGUCCUAUGUGGGCGAAACAGAAAAAUUACUGGUGGACAUCAUGCAUCGUUCGGAUACUAUACCUCACUUGAUAUCAGCAAUGAUCAUCGACGAAAUCGAUGGGCUCGUUCCAAAACGUGAUAAUAAUGCUCAGCAAUCGAAAGUCGACGGCAUUAGUGUUCUUCUCUCGCACAUUGAAGGUGUGAAAGAUAUUCCGAAUCUCAUUGUACUUGGCGCGACCAAUCGUCGAAAUAUGAUGGAUGAAGCGUUUCUACGUCGUAUGCAAGGGAAAUGUUUCGUAGGCCGACCAUCACCGAAAACGCGCGAAAAAAUGCUUCAACCAUUAUUGCUCAAAGAUCUGCGUAAAUGUACUAGCCGACACAUUGACUUUCUUGUUCGCAUAACAACAAAUUUUAGUGGUGCCGCUAUACAUGCACUCAGAUCGAGUAUUGUUAUUACGCUAGAUCAAUGCCAAUCAUUGGAAGCAUUUACUAAUCAUACUCUUCUGACACUAGCCGAUGCUGUGGCACGUGAAUUCAGCUGUUGGUUUGGCAUGGAAACGUUGCCAAGUAUUUUUAGGCUCUACCCGAAUAUGAACUCUAUGAACAAUCAGCAAGAGUAUUCACUCGAAUUACCCAAUCAUAUUGCUUCCGGUCGUAUUCUGGUUAAUUUAGCUGACCGAAAAUGCAUUAUCGAAUUCGCUAACGAGGAAUCAUCACUGGAAUUGCCGUUGCAUCCACAAGAAACAUCAACUCUGACACUACUUUCCCGUUUUAUCAACGGGUGUUCAAGUCGCAAUAUAGACACGAUACAAAUCAUCGAUCUCAACUUUCUUAUUAAGAAUAAUGCAUUCGAAGAAAAUCAGAUGUUUGAAUUGUUAACAACAUUAUUUCUUGGUAAGUAA